UCGCGCUCCUAGUGUUGCUGGUGCUGGCGGGAGAUUUCGGCAUGGCGGCUUCCACAGACGCAUCUCAGCGUGAGGGGUCGGCCUCAGACAACGGCUUCGUCCGCGCGGUGUUGGCGUUGCCCGCUAAGCCCGACACGACUGUGCGUUUCUUCGAGCGAGGUGAUCACUACGCGGUGCAUGGCGAGGAUGCGGCGCUGGCGGCCAAGGAGCUUUUCCGGACGCGGGAAGUUAUUCGAAUGUUGGGAACAGGAGCCCAGAAACUUGAAAGUGUUUCACUUAGCAAGAUGAACUUUGAGUCUUUUUUGAGGGAUCUACUUCUAGUUCGUCAGUACAGGGUAGAGGUGUACAAGAACAAAGCAGGAAGUAAAUCCACCAAAGAAAAUGAGUGGUGCUUGGCAUACAAGGGUUCUCCAGGAAACCUUGCCCAGUUUGAGGAUGUCCUUUUCGGUAACCAUGACAUGUCGUCUUCUGUUGGUGUUGUGGGUAUUAAGCUCGUCUCAGUUGAUGGACAAAAAGUUGUUGGAGUUGGAUUUGUAGAUUCUUUGGAAAGGAAACUGGAAGUGUGUGAGUUUGCUGAUAAUGAUCAGUUCUCAAACCUUGAAGCUCUGCUGGUUCAGAGGGGACCCAAAGAAUGUGUUCUCCCUGUUGGAGAGACUGCUGGAGAUAUGGGGAAACUGAGACAGGUUGUUCAAAGAGGAGGAAUUCUGAUCACAGACAGGAAAAGGAGUGAAUUUUCAACAAAAGAUAUUGUACAAGAUCUCAACCGCUUGCUCAAGUCAAAAAAGAAACAGCGGGUAUCCAGUGCAGCAUUACCAGAAAUGGACAAACAGGUUGCCAUCUCUUCCUUGUCUGCAGUGGUCAAGUAUUUAGAACUUUUAACUGAUGAGUCUAAUUUUGGACAGUUUGAACUGGGUACCUUCGAUCUCAGUCAGUACAUGAUACUGGAUCAUUCUGCUGUCAGAGCGCUUAAUCUUUUCCAGAGUUCUUCAGAAAAUGCCCAGGGCACUCAAUCUCUGGAAGGGCUGUUAAAUAAGUGCAAAACCCCUCAAGGACAAAGGCUUGUGAACCAGUGGAUCAAACAGCCUCUGAUGGACAAGAACAGAAUUGAGGAAAGACUAAACUUGGUGGAGGCCUUUGUGGAUGAUGCGGAACUACGACAGUCUCUUCAAGAAGACCUCCUCCGUCGCUUCCCAGACUUCAAUCGGCUGGCAAAAAAAUUUCAAAAGAAAACAGCCACUCUGCAGGACUGUUACAAAAUGUACCAGGCCGUUAAUCAGAUUCCGAACGUGGUGAAGGCAUUGGACAAAAAUGAAGGAAAGCAUGAUACUCUAUUGCAAGCAGUGUUCACAUCUCCUCUUAAUGAGUUGUUCUCUGAUUUCUCCAAGUUCCAAGAGAUGAUCGAAACAACUUUAGACAUGGAUAAGGUGGAAAGCCACGAAUACCUUGUGAAAGCUUCCUUUGAUCCCAACCUGACAGAAUUGAGAGAGAAGAUGAAUAAACUAGAGGAAAAAAUGCAAGAUGCACUGAAGGUGGCAGCCAGAGAGCUAAGCUUGGAAGCUGGCAAGAGCAUCAAAUUGGAAAGUAAUGCACAAUACGGGCAUUUUUUCCGAAUUACCUACAGGGAGGAAAAAGUUCUGCGGAACAAUCUGAAAUACAAUGUCUUGGAUACCCAGAAGAAUGGGGUAAAGUUCUCCGACAGUAAAUUGAAAGAGCUCAACGAAGAAUACACAAAGAGCAGACAAGAAUAUGAAGAAGCUCAGGAAGUCAUUGUUAAAGAAAUUAUAAACAUUGCAUCAGGAUACAAGGACCCUAUACAGUUUCUCAGUGAAGUUAUAGCCCAACUGGAUGCAGUUGUCAGUUUUGCUCAUGCGUCAAAUGCUGCUCCUAUGCCCUACGUACGUCCAGAGAUUCUGGAAAUGGGAGCAGGGAAGAUUAUACUAAAUGGCUCAAGGCACCCCUGUAUUGAAGUUCAAGAUGAUGUUGCCUUCAUUCCAAAUGAUGUGACUUUUGAGAAGGGCAAGGAGAUGUUCCACAUCAUUACUGGACCAAACAUGGGAGGAAAAUCUACCUACAUUCGUCAGACUGGAGUGAUAGUUCUCAUGGCUCAAAUUGGGUGUUUUGUGCCCUGCGUCUCUGCAGAAGUGUCUAUUGUUGAUUCUAUACUGGCUCGAGUAGGAGCUGGAGACAGUCAACUGAAAGGAGUGUCUACCUUCAUGGCAGAAAUGCUGGAAACGUCAUCCAUCCUUAGAUCUGCUACAGAAAACUCGCUGAUAAUCAUUGAUGAACUGGGGAGAGGAACAUCUACAUAUGAUGGUUUUGGGUUGGCGUGGGCUAUUUCAGAAUAUAUUGCCACCAAAAUUGGAGCGUUCUGUAUGUUUGCAUCUCAUUUUCAUGAGUUGACAGCCCUUGCUGACCAGGUUCCCUCUGUAAAUAACUUGCAUGUCACAGCACUGACCACUGAGGACACCCUGACAAUGUUGUACCGUGUGAAAAAAGGGGCGUGUGACCAGAGUUUUGGAAUCCACGUAGCAGAGCUUGCUGCCUUUCCAAAACAUGUGAUUGAGAACGCAAAGGUAAAAGCUGUGGAAUUAGUGGAGUUCCAGCAUAUUGGAAAGCCCCAGGAGGAGGAUGAAGAACCAGCAGCCAAGAAAUGCUACAGAGAAAAGCAGGAAGGUGAAAAAAUAAUCCAGGAUUUUCUUUCGAAAGUGAAUGCAAUGCCACUGACAGACAUUUCUGAAGAACACUUCAGAGCCAAGCUGAAGCAGCUCAAAGAUGAAGUCAUAGCAAAGAACAACAGCUUUGUGAAUGAAAUCAUUUCGCGAGCUAAAGUUAGUUCAUGAGAUAAGAGAGCUGGACAAAAUGACACCGAACAUGCCUUUCAGGCCCCAAAUGCAUGGCACAGGAGACUGACAUAGCCAAUGCUACAAGUUGCAACCCCCGCCCCCACGUCGUCUCUGCUUCUUUCCCCUGUUACGCUCAGAAAGAAAAAAUGCUGAUGGAACAUCAUGUUGUGUAUUUCCUUGCUUCUCCAGCAACAGCUGAUGGUGGAACAGGUGUGAGGGAAGAGGAAACGCAAGUAGGUUAGGAGAUGGUACAGAGGUACCAACAGUAGUUCUUGUCUCAAUGGAAACAGGUGUCUUUUUUCCUGGACUAGAGGAUGUGGGCACCCUGAUAAAGUGUAAAGUGUUGUUCUGACUAUUAAAAUAACUUUCCCCUUCCAUUUAGUUUUGAAAUGGAGGUAUUUGUUCCACAAUUAAAAUGUUUUCUGUUUUAUGACUUUGAAUAAAAUUGUGGGCUAUUUUUCUCAUCAGAAAUAUGCUAAUUUCACAACAACAAGAACAGCAAUGGAUUUUCAUCAUCUGUGGUUAGAAGUUCUUAGGGUUUGGAGCUAUGUGCAUUUUAGAAAUGUUGAAAAGUUCUGGAUACAGAUCUCCCAGUAUUGCCUCUGAUUUGGCACUUCGUGCAUAACACAGUGGUAAAGCAGUUCAUUUGUCGUGAUGGUCACAACAAAAUUUUUUGAUUUCUCAGAGGUCUGAACUUCAUUCAAUGACUGUGACUUCACAUCAUUUUUGAACUUACUACACAUGGUUCCAUUUCUGAAAUUGUUACCUUCAAGUGAAUAAAAAACUUUAGU